UUCUAUUUAUGUGGGGGAUCCAACAUGGCGGCUGCGGCGACCCUGGCGAUGGCGGUGGAGCCCAUCAGAACAUAGUGGCGGGGAAGGGGGCACGGUCCGCACUCACGGUGGCGUCGGCAGAGACGACUGAGGGUGGUGGAGGGAAGAAGAGCGACGGAAAGCAAAAGGAAGGGCGGGCAGGCAAACAACUCGGCGUAGAACCGAGCGCCGGCUCGAGCGAAGGCAGAGGGCCAGAACAGUAGGGAUGGCGGAGCCACGCAGAGUAGCGUUUAUUAGCCUGUCACCGGUGAGGCGGCGCGAGGCCGACUACCCGGGGGCCGAACGCGAGCCCGAAUACCCUCGCGAGCCCCCCCGGCUGGAGCCGCAGCCGUACCGCGAACCGGCCCGGGUGGAGCAGCCCGCCCCGCGGGAGGCUACCCCCCGGUCGGACGCACAGCCCCCGCCGCGGGAGAAACCGCUCCCCCAGCGCGAGGUCAGCCGCGCCGAGCCGCCCAUGUCGCUGCAGCGGGAGCCCCCGCGGCCCGAGCCGCCGCCGCCGCCGCCGCCGCCGCUCUCUCAGCUGCACUUGCAGCCGCCCCCGCCGCGAGAGUCGGCUUCCCGGGCCGAGCCGCAGCAGAGGCCGCCGAGGGAGACCGUGCGCCUGGAGCUGGUGCUCAAGGAUCCCACCGACGAGAGCUGCGUGGAGUUCAGUUACCCGGAGCUGCUGCUGUGCGGAGAACAACGGAGGAAGCCCAUUCACACAGAAGACCCAUUUAAUGAUGAGCAUCAAGAGAGGCAAGAAGUGGAAAUGUUGGCUAAGAAGUUUGAAAUGAAAUAUGGUGGGAAACCCCGUAAACACCGGAAGGAUCGGCUACAAGAUUUAAUUGAUAUAGGCUUUGGCUAUGAUGAGACAGAUCCAUUUAUUGAUAACUCAGAGGCUUAUGACGAGUUAGUUCCUGCUUCUCUAACAACAAAAUAUGGAGGCUUUUACAUCAACACUGGCACUCUGCAGUUUCGCCAAGCUUCAGAUACUGAAGAAGAAGAUACUACAGACAACCAAAAGCACAAGCCGCCCAAAAUUCCCAAAAUAAAAGAAGAUGAUAUUGAAAUGAAGAAGCGGAAGCGGAAAGAGGAAGGGGAAAAGGAGAAGAAGCCAAGGAAAAAAGUACCCAAACAAUUGGGAGUUGUGGCUCUGAAUUCCCACAAGUCUGAAAAAAAGAAGAAACGUUAUAAAGAUUCUCUUUCUCUAGCUGCCAUGAUACGAAAAUUUCAGAAAGAGAAGGAUGCAUUGAAGAAGGAGCCUAACCCCAAAGUCCCAGUGAACUUAACGACCUCCUCUCUGAAUAAACCCCCCUCCACUGCUGUAGCAUUGGGAAAUGAUGUCCCGGACUUAAAUCUGAACAGUGCUGAUCCAGACCUCCCCAUUUUUGUUGGCACAAAUGAACAUGAACUGUUUCAGGAAGCUGAAAAUGCGCUAGAGAUGCUAGAUGAUUUCGACUUUGACAGAUUACUGGAUGCUGCUUCUGAUGGUAGCCCCCUCUCUGAGUCAGGGGGAGAGAAUGGAAACACCACCCAGCCAACCUAUGCCUCUCAGGUUAUGCCCAAGGUAGUGCCUACACUCCCAGAGGGUCUACCUGUCCUUCUUGAAAAACGCAUUGAAGACCUCCGUGUAGCUGCCAAACUUUUUGAUGAAGAAGGAAGGAAAAAGUUCUUUACACAGGAUAUGAAUAAUAUUCUUCUGGACAUUGAGUUACAGCUACAGGAACUAGGCCCUGGCAUUCGUAGUGGUGUCUACUCCCAUCUUGAAGCUUUUGUGCCAUGUAAUAAAGAAACACUGGUAAAACGUCUAAAGAAGUUACAUCUCAACGUCCAGGAUGAUCGUUUAAGAGAACCUCUGCAAAAACUGAAACUGGCUGUUAGCAACGUGAUGCCUGAACAGCUAUUUAAAUACCAGGAGGACUGCCAAGCUCGUAGUCAAGCUAAGUGUGCCAAGUUACAAACAGAUGAAGAACGAGAAAAAAAUGGGUCCGAGGAAGAUGAUGAUGAAAAACCAGGGAAACGUGUCAUAGGACCAAGAAAGAAAUUCCACUGGAAUGACACCAUCAGAACUUUGUUAUGUAACCUUGUUGAGAUCAAAUUGGGAUGCUAUGAGUUAGAGCCAAAUAAAAGCCAGUCCGCUGAGGAUUAUCUUAAAUCCUUUAUGGAGACAGAGGUGAAACCAUUGUGGCCUAAGGGCUGGAUGCAGGCAAGAAUGCUUUUUAAGGAAAGCCGGAGUGUACAUAAUCAUCUUACUUCUGCUCCGGCAAAGAAAAAGGUGAUUCCUGCACCUAAACCCAAAGUGAAGGAGUGUAGUCCAAAAAAGGACCAGAAAACUGCAUCGUUGGUGGCUUCAGUUGGUGGUCCCUCAACGAGCUCUAGCACAUCUGCCGUGGCCUCCACCAGCUCUAGCUCCACACCAGCCCAGGAGACGAUCUGCCUUGAUGACUCACUAGAUGAAGACCUUUCUUUCCAUCCACCUGCACUGGAUCUUGUUUCUGAAGCUUUAGCUGUUAUCAACAAUGGGAACAAAGGCCCUCCAGCUGGCUCAAGGAUAAGCAUGCCAACUGCAAAACCUCGUCCAGGACUGAGAGAAGAAAAAUUAGCAAGUAUCAUGAGUAAGUUGCCGCUGGCUGCUCCUAAAAAACUAGAUUCUCCUCAGACUGCACAUUCAUCAAGUCUUAUUGCUGGUCAUACAGGGCCAGUACCAAAGAAACCCCAGGAUUUAGCUCAUACUGGCAUCUCUUCAGGCCUUAUUGCUGGUUCUUCAAUUCAGAACCCUAAAGUUUCCUUGGAACCUUUGCCAGCCAGGCUGCUUCAGCAAGGACUACAGAGGUCGAGUCAGAUUCAUGCUUCUUCCUCUUCCCAGACCCAUGUGUCCUCUUCCCAAGCCCAAGUUGCUGCCUCCUCUCACGCUCUGGGGACACCAGAGGCCCAGGAUGCUUCUUCGUUAACACAAGUAACAAAGGUGCACCAGCAUUCAGCUGUCCAGCAAAACUAUGUGUCUCCAUUACAAGCAACCAUUAGUAAAUCACAGACCAACCCAGUGGUGAAGUUGAGUAAUAAUCCCCAACUUGCCUGUUCAUCCCCGCUUAUUAAGACUUCGGAUAAGCCACUCAUGUACCGCCUUCCCUUAUCUACUCCCUCACCUGGAAAUGGUUCUCAAGGGUCCCACCCCCUGGUUUCUAGGACAGUACCCAGCACCACUACCUCCAGUAACUAUUUAGCCAAGGCUAUGGUGUCACAGAUGUCCACGCAGGGUUUCAAGUCUCCCUUCUCAAUGGCUGCAUCCCCCAAACUUGCCGCAUCUCCAAAACCUGCCACAUCUCCUAAACCCUUGCCCUCACCUAAGCCUUCCGCCUCACCCAAGCCCUCUCUGUCAGCUAAGCCUUCAGUAUCAACGAAACUUAUUUCUAAGUCCAGCCCCACUCCCAAGCCUCCUGUACCCCCAAGCGCUUCCAGUCCAAAUGCACUAGUAGCCCAGAGUAGCCACUCCAGCAGUAACAACCCAGUCCAUAAACACCCCAGUGGAAUAAGCCUCAGCAGACAGUCGCCCACCCUGAAUUUGCUGCCCUCUAAUCGCACUUCAGGCCUUCCACCCACAAAAAAUCUUCAGGCCCCUUCAAAGCUCACAAAUUCCUCAUCCGCUGGAACUGUUGGGAAGAAUAGCUUGAGUGGGAUUGCAGUGAAUGUACCUGCCAGCAGAGGUAGCAGCCUAAACUCAAGCGGAGCGAAUAGGACUAGUCUCUCUGGGGGAACAGGAAGUGGAACACAGGGUGCUACUAAACCGUCGUCUACUCCACAUAGACCAUCCUCUGCCUCAGGGUCUUCAGUGGUAACAGCCAGUGUGCAGUCCACAGCAGGAGCAUCAUUAUUGGCUAAUGCCUCACCUCUGACUCUCAUGACAUCACCUUUGUCUGUAACAAAUCAAAAUGUGACUCCUUUUGGGAUGCUGGGUGGCCUUGUUCCAGUGACCAUGCCCUUCCAGUUUCCCUUGGAGCUGCUUGGCUUUGGAACGGACACAGCUGGAGUGACAACCACCUCGGGAUCUACCUCAGCCGCUUUCCACCACAGCCUAACUCAGAAUUUACUAAAGGGUUUACAGCCAGGAGCUCAGCAUGCAGCAACACUUUCCCACUCACCUCUGCCUACACACUUACAGCAAACAUUCAAUGAUGGAGGCCAAAGUAAAGGGGACACUAAAUUACCACGGAAAUCUCAGUGACUUCCCAGCAAGCAGUGGAGAUGAGACACUCAGCCGGCGGAUGGAAUCUACCUGAUGGGAAAGUCCUCAUGUGGUCCUAGGGCUGCCGUUCUGUCGAUGUUUACAUUCUCUCGUCCCAAGCACUGUGGUGAGGAGGAAAAAAAGAAAAGAGAACGUUACUUGAGUAAAGCCAGGUGCAGGAGGAAGAAAUGCUUUCAUGCAAAGUUAGUGACCUUUGGUCUCCUCUAAAGAAAGAUAAAGUUACCACAUUAACUGACUUGAAAGAGACUCAGUUGUCAAACCCACAGAAGUACAAAUUUGAUUUUUCCCCGGGGGAGGAAGAAGGAAUCUGAGGAUUUGGGUAUACUCCAUCCAUCCUGGGGGUUGGAUCUGAACACUUGUAGACAUACUUGCAUAAUAAAAGGCAGUAUACCUGGAAUUAGGCCAGUUUGUCAGGAGUAACAAUCAUGUCUAUUUGAACGGACUAUGCAGCAAGUUUGCCGCACCAGUUAAUGACCCUGUGUCUGAUACAGACAGUAGCCGAGUAAAUAUUGUACCCUCACAAAUCCUGAACAAACUUGAAUCUUCUCCAGUGUGUAGCAACUCCCCAUGUAAAUCAGGGGCCUAAAUAUGCUUCAAGAAAUUUUAGCACAGUGAUAUAUAAAAUCAUCGAGAUUUUUAAAAGUCAAGGAAGUGAGCCUGUUGCUCUUAACAGACGAAACUUAGAUGUCCCCUUUUUGUAAAAGGGUCAAUUUCAUCUUCCAUUCAGAAGCAGGUACUUAACUCUUCUUCAGGUGAUUUGUGCAUCUGGUAUUGACUGGUUAAUUCUUAUUUCCAUUCUUGAUGUUAAAACGUGGCUCUGUUCACAUUUUUCUCUUCAGAAAUGGGGAUCUUUGAUGUAGGGCUGCGACUUUGGUGCUCUGAGCCCUUGCAGGCCUACCACUCUGAACUGUAAAUUUCCCCAGCUUCCCCUCAGUUCACAGCUUCUCCUGGUCUUUUAGCUAGUGGUACUUCAGGUGAUUCUUAAUUAUUGAUAUAGACAGGUCGAAGUGUGUACUGCACAUGCCUCUUCAUUGGUCAUUCAAAUGGCAUAUAUUAUAUUUUUGGAAUUUUUAAGAUAGUAUUUUAAAGGGAGGAAUUACAUUAGGAUCAUUAUGUGUACAAGGGAUUAUUUUUUAUAACAAUCACAAUGUAUUUUUACUCCCUGUAUCCAGUGUAGUGAAAUGGAUUUGGAGCGUUUGGGAUCUUAAAGCUUUAUUAAUAUUUACUGAGAAUAUUGAUAUGUGAGUAAACCUGCAGAUAAUAAUAAGACUGCUUAGUUAUUAUAGCUUCCUUAUGCAAAUACGUAUUCAACAAAGGAUGUUAAGGGAGAAAUUUAUGGUUCCUUUUGGAUACAUUUAAUUUUUUUUAUUUAUUUUUUGCCUCAUCAUUGGUCUUGUCUCUAUCAAUCUCUCUCACUCUCUCUUUUUUUCUCCCUAUUUAGACUUCCGAAUGUUUUCAAACCAUGCCCAAGAUUGGUGUAAGCUUGAUCCAUUUAUAACAGACUAACCUAAAAAACAGCAUCAGAUUGGUAGUAGCAAUAUUUGCAUGUUUUCAUUACAAGUCACCCUAUACCUUUAAAUUUAUUCAAAGAAGUAUAUUAAUGUGGCCCCUUUUUUUCUUUUAUAAGCAAAAGUCCCAAAUAGCCUAUAGGACUGAAUGAGUUACCACAGAUCUGUUGAGAUCUGUAUUACCUGUAUUUUGACUUCAAAGUCACAUUGGCUUGCUUCAUAGCAAAAAGUUAAUAAGUAACUGAAAACUUUAGUUCCAAGAACUUGUUAAAGUAAGGGCAAAGGAUUGUUUCAGAGGAAUCAUUGAUAUAAUUACUUGCCUCUAAGAAUUUAGUUUACCAGUAGAACAAAUAAGAAUGUUGUGUCAACCCCAGUAGAUACUUUGAAAGGAUAUUGGGAUGUUGCCCAGCAGUUUGACUUGAAUUGAAUAUGUUUGAUUAAAGGUUGUUUGGCUUAUUUAAUUUAGGGAAGCUUACCCAAUUCUUGAGUUAAUACAAUGUAGUAUACCUGUUGCUUUUAUCUAAGUUGGAAAAAAAGAAGUCUUUGCUAAUACUGUAUAGGAGUUUGCCUUUGGGAAGCUAGCCCUGCUUUCACUUCCCAUACCGAGUCAGAGUGCAUAUUAAUCUCUCUUCCUGCUGAUAGUUGUGCAUGUAUUCAUCUGUGUGUAUACAUAAAUUUAUUUCUAUAUAAAAAUUCAUUACCAGUUUAAGUCAGGGAAUACUUUCAGUUUCUUAAAUCCAUCAGUUCUGAAUCAUGCCAUGGGAAGAUCCCUGAUGAUUCUUUUGUCUCCAUUAGAGAAGAACAGGAUUAUCAAUUCUUCCCCCAAGUAUUAUUUUAUAACUAACCAGUAAAAAUAUCUGGAGGCCCUUGGCUCUGAGAAGUCAUAUAUAUGGAGAUUAUAUUCUAUUUUCUUCAGUCUUGAUUCCAUGAGGACUGCAGCCAGAUCCUGCCCUCAGCCCCAUACCACAUUUUCACUAACUUACGUCCGUUUCAGUCAAGACUACCCUUUUGUGUUGUACAGAUGAAACAGGCAUCCUUCUAUUUCUUAAUAGAUAAGUAUGAUCAGAGAGCUCCUACAUGUAAAUACAGAACUAUUUCUUUUCUAGAUCAUAACAUUGAGAAUGGUGGCCAUACUUUAUGGGCACCUGUCUUUACAGUCUUUCUUACUAAAUACAAACAUAUAAAUUGGUUAUUUUUUAGCACAGAGACUUGUGACUCAUACUGUAUUUUUGCACUUAAAAGUCAAAUUAUGUUAUUUUUUAAAAUGGUGAGUAAUUGGAAAGGUUAUAGAGCAAUGUGUAUUUCUGAAGAGCAUUAGCAACAUCCCAAUGCAAAAAUAAUCAGCACACUUAAUUCUGUCCCACUCAGCGGGAUUCUUGAUUCAGGAAAAUUAAGCUGUUUGUUUUCAACGGUCUUGUACUUUAAAUUGCCUUCGCUGAUGUAUAAGCUGUUACUGUACAUACAAGUUAAUCCUCAGUAUUCACAAGCAAUAAUGGUCAGCAAAGUUGUCUUCCGAGAUAGCAGUGCUGAGCCUCAGUUGGAGACUGUUUGGGAGCAAAGUGUCAAGCUCAUUCCGAGCCUCCAAAAUCAAUGCAAGCAAUAAUUCCACUGUAACUCAAUUAUAAUUCUUUCUAAUAUGCUUCUGAGAUCAGAGGGUAAAAUAAAUCAUGGUUUUAAACUGAAGAAAAACGUUUCGGAAAAAGAAGUGAAGUUAAUCUGAAGUCACAAAAUCCUGAUAUUCUGAGGAAAUCAGAGGAUUGUGUUCGUACAUUAUUUUAUGCCUACCACCCCUUUGAUGGAUGUUGUUAGCCCAAAUUACACUUUUUUUUUUAUAUCACAGAAGUUGAAUAGGGUUUAUUGCAUCACCAAGGAAGGGGGAAGAACCGGGCACAUACAUGUCUGGAUACUGUGGGUUUGACACCUGUUUGAAAACAACUUACUGGAAACGAUUUUUAACCCAGGAUUUUUUUUUUUUUUUUUCCUUCCCAAAGCAGAUCUAAAUUGUUUACUACCCAGGGUUGGAAAGGGCAGGCCCCUCUAGUCUUUCUUCUCCGGUUGCCCUUACCACACCCCUUCCCGCCUCUACUUGGUUCACGACAGUUUCUGAGAUGGAAACUCUACUGUUAAUCAAACUGCCAUUGAUUGUGAGAACUCUCUGUCCCUUGGGACUGUCUCCUAGAACUCCAGUUGUCUAUCAUGUUUGCUGCUACACUUGUACAAUGAACUUUGCCUGUAUUGGUUGAUUAUAAUCUGAUUUACAGUUCUUUAUCUCUAGGAGGUUUUGUCAUAUAACUUGACCCAUAUAUAGAGUUAGGAUACUUUAUUUUAGGAGUGUACCGUAAAAGCACACUGGUCCCUGAGUUCUUUUUAUUAUCAUGUAGGUUUUGAAUUUGUGUUGGCUUACUUUUUGUUCGUUGAUGUUUUGUUUCUCUUUGUUUUAAAUUAGAAAUAGCAGAGUGAGAAAAAUCUAUAAUCAGGCCAAACUUGAGAACUUUCCCUUGUGCUUCAGCACUGUAGUUUCUGCUGACCAUAUGUUCUCAAAAGGGGCACUUUCACUUUCUAUUGUGCAUGUAUGAUUUGUUUUUUGCUUUUGUAAUAAUGAAGCAGAAAUGCAGUAGUGGGUAAAUGACCGAUUACAAACAUGCAGUUUUAUUUUAUAAAAUUGAAGGGGAAAAGUUUAACUCUCUGUAAAUCAUUUCUUAGCUCUGGUAAAAUGCUUCUAUUACUCCUCUAAAACAUGCUCAAUUCAGGCCUUUGUCUUUGUUAAGUGCCUUUUUUUUCUUUCUUUUUCCCCCUCUUGAAAGUGUUCUCGGAUAUCCUAAAGUACAGGCUAAUAAGUCAGGGGAUUCAGGAGGAAGAAUCUCAAACUUGCCAACGUCAUGUCAUGCUGUAAUAUUCUUCCUUUUCUUUAUAUGUAUAAGGAUAUAUGUAUAAGAUACAUACAUACAUGUGUGUAUAUAUGUAUACAUAUGUAAUAUAUAUAUGUGUAUAUAUACACACACACACAUAUAUAUAUAUUUAUAACUAGUAGCUGCUGUACCAUUUCAUCCUUUCCAAACACACCCCUUUCGAUGUUUGCAAAACUUCUGGCUUGUUUAUUCCAUUGCGUUUAGUCAAUUCAAAUGGGUAGAUUGGGAAAUUGUCUUUACACAAGAUGCUAUCUUCCCCCUUUGAAUAUCUGUUUGUAGACAUUAACAAAAAUACAUAAAUAUAAUAAGUCAUUUAUUUCAAUUAAAGUAAAUUUAGUGGACUCAUUGACUCUUCCUGGAUGUAACCCACUGCUCUCUGCCCUUCCAACUUGGCAUGAGUAACACUGGAGAAAGCAUUGGAAUAACAAGAGUCUUUUGAGGGUCAAGUUGAUAAGGUGCACUUGGUAGGCAAGACUAAAGACGUGGGGGAGCUAGAGUUAGAAGCUCCGUAUCGUAUCUGAAUAAGUUUUGAAGGAAGUUAGCAACUUUGUCCACAUUAAGCAUGCAUAUUUUCUUCUGGAAAAUGAUUUUCGAAGAAUUCAUACAGCUGCAUAUCUGUGAAAAGGUUAAUAAGCUUAGACUUCAGAUACUCAUGUAAACACUCAUAUAACCUAUAGCAUUCUUGAGAGAGCUUUAGUUUUCUUUUCAUUUGCCAGAUAAUUACAUUUGGCUUAAUCUGAUUUUAUAGCUAUUUAGAUUUCUCCCUUGAGCAGAAUAGCGUAAUCUUCAGUAUCUAAGAUUCAUCUGUUUCUUGUUGAAAACAGAUAUGACACAUAAAGGGAGACUAAGUUGAACCAAUCCUCAGAGCCCAGUACAAAUAUAUCUAAUAAGUGCCCCCUUUAAAGACAUUUUAAUUGGGAAGAGGAGACUGGUGGCUAACAGAAAGCGGCAGCUCCUGGUAGUGUUACCGAAGCGCUUAUCAGGCUGCCUCAGCUCAGACGUCUUACUCUUGAAUUGCUAUAUUUAACAGGGGGAAUAUCAUUUAACCUUCGUGCCUCAGAUUACCCAUUAGAAAAUUGGGUAUAAUAAUAUUCACCUACCUCCCAGGGAUAUCAGAGACUUUACUAUUUCAAAAAUACUUUGAGUUUUUCUAAAAUAUCCUAUAUAAUUAAAAAAGUAUUACCAUCUUUCCACAGAGGCUAAAAAAUGUUUCCCUAUGAUGGGUAUAAAAAGUACCAUAUGAUUUUUAAGUUUAAAGAAUAAUCACUGGAAUUCUACUUUAGAUGCAGAUUAUUUAAACAUAUUUGUGGUGGGAUUAAAAUGGUUAGUUUCAGGUUAACAAGGGUUGGGGGGGAGUAACACUAAGUUUCUUAAUUAUAAGUAGUUGGUUUUUUAGCCUUUUAGGAUGUUAAUACAUCUGUGCUUUCUGCCAAGGUUGUGGGGCUACAGCUAGGUAGAGUUUGGGUGAUUGGUUAUUGGAGUUGAUAAAUGACCCUGCAAGUUUUAUCUGCCUCACUUUCCCAUCUUCUCAAUCUAAUUUCCUUAUACCACUUGUCUGGUGAUGGAUAGCUAAGCUUUUAACCUUUCAGGAGUGAAUGGGCGUCUCCUCAUUCUUGUGCAUCAGAGAUUGUGUCCUAAUCCUGUCACUACAGGUCUGUCCGGCUUCGUGCCUAUGGGGCAAGCACUACAGUCAGCGGGGUAGACGUUAGCCAGUCUACCUGUGUGUAACUUAGGCUUCUUCCACCCGUGAAAGAGUCGGAGCCGUCCACUGCUCAGGUUGUAGGACAAUGGGAGAGGGGAGGCAGGAUUCACUUCUUAGCUGGGACGUGGGAUAGGAAGGGGAGGGAUAGAAGGAAACAUGUUUUGCCCAUCUCUGAGGAAGGAAUGAAGAUCGUUUUAUCCCACCUCUCAUCCUGGCAUGUUAAGUAGCAAGACUUAGAAUUUUCCUUUAUCGUUUCAAACAACAACAGCAACAGGAAAAAAAUGGAUGCUGCGUUUGUAGUUAGGGCUAAAUGCUAAGCAACAAUUGUUAGAGAGUGUGUGUAGAUUUAAAUUAUAGCACAUAUUCAGGGUCAGGAAAGAGAAUGUAGAGAGUGAAGAACAAAUUACCCAGCUCAAGUGAGUCAAGAGUAAGCACCAGGCCCAAGCAGACAAAGCAUCCGGGUUAAUUCCCACAAUCGGCCAAGGCCCGUUUAAUCUCUAGCGAUAGGAUGUUUUUGUCUUAAAAAUCCCUUUUUGGUUUUUUAUUGCUUUUUUCAAGAUAAAGCCUUAGUUAGUAACCUCUAAAUAUCAACUAUGCAGAUAAACAUACUCUUUAUUUUCCAUACUUUCCCUCUUUUUCCAUUCUUCAAAUACAGCUGUUAAAUGACUUCUACCCAAAGAAAUAAGGCAUAAGGGUUUUGUUGAAUGUGUGUUUGUUCCUCUAGGGAACAUAAAAUAGAGAUAUUUUGUGUGUUCAUCUAUCCUAAAAUGUGAACUUUAUAUUCAAAAAAACUUAAUUUUACUGGUGCAAAACUGUAGUGAGAAUCAUGGAAUGUCUUUGGGUUGUUAAGAUGAAAUCAUCCCAGUGUUUAAUUCUGAGAAAGUUCUGGAAUGUAGAGAGUGAGGAACAAAUCACAAAUUCUAGAUUCUGUGGCACAGUGUUCAGGUAUGUAGAGCUGAACAGUUGGUCAGACUCUUAAUUAAAAAUAGCUUUGAAUAUUUAUUGCUGAAUUCUUUCUUUCUUCCUUCUUACCUCUAAUUUGAGCUCUUAAAUUAACCAUUUCAUUAGCCAGUUGCUACACUAGAAUAUCCACUGCAUAUUGUUAAGAGUCCUGAGAGAAAAGGUUAGACUUUCACUUCCUUUUCUCACUCACUCUGGCUGUCUUUCCUGGGUCUUCACUGCAUUCAGAAGUGAAGACUGCAGGCAUGGUCCAGGACAGUGUUCCUAUCCUAGCAUAGACUCAGACAGGGACUCGGAGGAUUAUCAUCAGACUGCCUUUGAACAACUUUGAAAUGAAAAAUUACAUUUUUCUCAGAUUCUCCCGAAGUAUCAUUUGCUUGAAAGUAGCUAUUUGUGAUCUUUAUUUAAUUUCUUCAUACUAUAAUUCUUUAACUUCUCAAUCUUUCUUACAUAUUGCCAUUUAUAGUGGGUUAGCAGUUUUCCAAACUGUUUCCCAAACAGGUCAAGGAUACUUUCAGAAAUCUCAGUAGUAUAAUUAAAGGGGUCUGUGUGUCCAGGAUUUGGAAUCAAGUUCACUGGUGACUGGAAUUGUUUUUUCUCUUCUACCUUUUAUUAAAAACUAGAUUUCUCUACUACUGUUCAGUGUGGUUGCUACAAUUCAUGGCUUCCUCUUAAUACUUUUCAAGGUUAUUCAAAAGAGAUGCAGACCUUUGUUAAGGGUUCUUAUUUCUCAUAAUACUCUGCCUUGCUUAUUUUCAUACACUUCCCCUGGAAUAAACCUGCUUUGCAAAGGUCUGUGUCACACAGGCCAUAUAAAUUCUUAGAACCAGUUUUAUGUUCCUCAGAAAACUCUGUACAUUAUUUGCUCCCAUUUUGCUAAUGAUAAUAUAAUUCUAUUUUAUCUUAAAUCUAGUUUUAAAAUAUUUUAUAAUAGAGCGCUAAUGGAAACCUAAAUGAAAUACAAAAAAGAUAACUAUUACUCAAGAUAACUUGGAAAAUACUUCUGUUUUUGAAGGUAACAACUCCAUCUACCCUCUAAGCACAUUUAAGAGUCAGCAGUAACUGAGACCAGCCAGUCAGCAUGUUUUUCUGUGUGACAGCCUGCCUUUAAUUUGUCAGACCUUACCUAUCUUGUAUUUUCUGUCCUUGCGGCCAUAACCUUUCCUCAUUUGUUUGCUAUUUUGUGCUGUUUGCAAGGUUAGUGUGCCCUGGACCAGCACAUAAGAGUUUUUCUUUCCCAUGCCUGCAAAACUACCAAGGAUUACCCUGAUUUUGGCUAGGGACACUAAAAGACAAAUUAUUCUCAGCUGAUAAAAGUAUUGCUGUUUUAUAUAGUUAGUUAGAAAGUUGGCCGUCUUUAGCUGACUUUUUAAAUCCUGGCUAUGCCUACAUAAUUAAUUACAUAUACCAUCUGAGACUUUCCGAUAAUCAAGGGGCCUUUCCACCAGUAGAGGUAGGUUUCCAACCUACACAUAAUUUCCUCUGAUCUAUGGCCGGCCACAGAAAAGAUUCAAGCUUUGUAUUGUCCUUUUGUUGGCUGUCAUUGAAAAAUUAUAGAAAGUAUCAAAAAUACCAAAUUGUCCUUAAGAAGAGUAUGUAAUCUGGGGCUUGCCCUUGUGUUUUGCCUAAACAUGAUUGUCAAGCUUAAAAGAAAAGGAAAAGAAAUCUCUGGCUGGUGAGAAUUUUGUGCCCCAAAUACUAUGUUAAUCAAAGUCUACCAAGGUAACUAAGUGAUAGGUGUUUUCUCUCUUUUAUUACAAGCAAGAAAGUUUAUUUGCAGUUGUAAAAUUAUUGUGGGACUGCAGACCAAUUAUUUGCUAUAACUGGGAAUAAGGAUUUUGAUUUUUAGUCUGGGUAAGCACAUAUUUCCAACACUUGUGGUAUGAAUUCUGAUAAGGGAGAGACUUUUGUUUGGUAACAGAAGGAAAAACAGGACUUACUGAUACAGUGAACGUUCCCUCUCUAGAGGAACUUCCCUCCAGGUACACAUCCUCCUCUUACUUCAGCCGCCUCCACACUUGACAGAGCGGCCAACAUGUUCCACAGCCGACCUUGAAGAAAGGGGCCUACAGAAGCGCAGCUCCUCUGGGUGAAGGGCACUGAUUACUCUCUUGCAUUUGUUUAUAGGGAGGUGCGUUUGUGCUAACUUGAAGGGAUAUGCUGUAUUUUAAAUAAGGGUGUGACUUAAUAUUUUGGGAUUUUUUUUUUCCUCCUUUAAAACUGGACCUGAACACAGCUUUGAGUUGAUAUUUGUAAUAAUCUCAGGACCUGAAAGAUUGUAGCAUUUAGUGUGUCUUAAAAAUUAUGUACUGUACCAGCCAUGGAUUUUUGUAAAUAUACCUGUCUCCCUUUUUUGUAUUAUUUUAGUAAAAAAAAAAAAUAAUAAUAAAUUUAAAUAAAAGGGGUUGGUGAUGACAUGUGGAUGGGUGUGGGUAUGUAUGUGUGUGUGUUUGUAUAAGGCUCUUUUGAGACGAACUGGUGCUUGUUUAAUUUCCGGCUCUACUUAGAGCAGGAAUAUGGACAAACUGCUGCUACUGAACCCUGCACUGAGCCUAGGUAUUUCCAUUUUGUCUUUCCCCGUGGUUGAUUGAAUAUGGGCUGCCAGGAAAUUCUUCUUCCCACUGCCAUCUUGCCUUUGCAUUCUCUGUUCUGCACACCCUGUGAACUUUAAUGGUAACGCUUUCCAAACUCUGGGUGGUUUGCUGGUCUCUAGUUUUUAGAGAGCUCUUGUCACUAUUUUCUAAGAAGAAAGAAGGACAGGUAAAUUUUUUUAACCAAAAAAUAAUCACACAUUUCAUAAAACCCUGAUGAAUUUUGGAUAUGUGAGAGGGCUUAAACAUUCCUAAAUAUGGGUCUGUGAAGUUAGUAAAUUAGCCCCCGUGGAUAUACUCCUUCAGUGCAGGGAAUUUUUUUUCUUUUUUCUUUUCUUUUCUUUUUUUUUCUUUGCAACAGCCUUGCUCAUAUUCCAGGUAUAGCUAGCAAACCCCUGUUUUAAAGCAGGAGCCUUAUUUGAUUCAGUGUAGAUGUUUCCUGUCUAUCCUUCUGUGACAGGACCUUUUACAUGAGUGUUUUUUUCUUUUUGUAUGUGUUAUGUGUUGUAUUAAAUAAAGAGGAAUGUACAUAUUA